AUGGCUGACUCGGGUUCGAAACAGGUCAUGACGGCCGAAGACCGUGCGGCUAAACAGCGGCUUAUUGAAGCCCAAAAGGCCUACGGACGAGGCAAAGCUAUCUCGACCAAGGCCAUUCGAAACAAGAAGAUCCGCUCGACCCUCCAGGCGCAAGAGGCCAAGCAAAAGCAAGCUGUCUUGCAAGCGAAGGAUUCAGAGAUUCUUCUCGAGCACGAGGCCGGCUUCCUUGAGCCUGAAGGGGAGCUUGAACGGACAUACAAAGUUCGACAGGAUGAGAUUAAGGAAAGUGUUGGGAUUGAAACGGCAAAGAAAGGAUUCGAGCUACGCCUCAAUGACUUCGGGCCCUAUCGCGUGGAUUAUACUCGGAACGGACGCAAUCUGUUGUUAGCUGGACGGAAAGGCCAUGUCGCAACCAUGGACUGGCGUGAUGGCAAGCUGGGCUGUGAGCUCAACUUGAACGAGACAGUUCGCGAUGCGCGCUGGCUGCACAACAAUCAGUACUUCGCGGUUGCCCAGAAAAAAUACGUUUACAUCUAUGACCAUCAAGGAACCGAGUUGCACUGUCUCAACAAGCACCUGGAGCCGCUCUACCUCGAAUUUCUGCCCUACCACUACCUUCUGGCCAGUGUUGGCAUCAGCGGUUACCUAAAAUACACCGACACUUCUAUCGGCACCACCGUCGCCGAGCUGCCCACUCGCUUGGGCCGUCCCACUGCCCUUUGCCAGAAUCCUCAUAACGCCAUUCUUCACGUUGGGCACCAGAAUGGACAAGUGACAUUAUGGUCGCCCAACUCUCAAACAGCGCUCGUCAAGGCUAUGGUUCACAAGGGACCUGUCCGCUCGCUUGCGAUUGACCGCCAAGGCCGUUACAUGGUAUCGACUGGCCAAGACCAAAGGAUGAACGUCUGGGAUAUUCGCAUGUUCCGUGAAGUCCACUCAUACUCUACUUAUCAGCCCGGUGCGUCGGUCGCCAUCAGUGAUCGCGGUCUUACCGCUGUCGGCUGGGGUACUCAGGUCAGUGUGUGGCGCGGCCUCUUUGACGCCGCCGUUGCCGACCAGGGCAAGGUGCAAAGCCCUUACAUGGCAUGGGGUGGUGAUGGCCAGCGUAUUGAAAACAUGCGCUGGUGCCCAUACGAAGAUAUCCUAGGUGUCACCCAUGACCAGGGAUUCGCUAGCAUCCUCGUCCCUGGCGCCGGAGAACCCAACUUCGACUCUCUGGAGGCGAACCCCUACGAGAAUGCGCACCAGCGCCAGGAGGCAGAGGUGCACUCUCUGCUUACCAAGCUCCAGCCAGAUAUGAUUUCGCUGGACCCAGAUGUUAUCGGAAAACUCGAUACCAUCAGCGACAAGAAGCGCCAAGAAGAGCGCAACCCGGACCACAAACCCCAAGACCACAUGGAGAAGAUCAAAAACCGUGGCCGUGGCCGCAACAGUGCUCUUCGCAAGUAUCUUCGCAAGAAGGGCCGCGGCAAUGUCAUCGACGAGAAGCGACUCAAGGCCGAGGCUUUGCGCAAGGAGCACGCCGAGCGCCACAAGAACAGGCUUCGCCAGGAGCGGGAGGAGCUUGGACCGGCUCUGGGCAGAUUCGCCAAGAAGGACUCUUAA